AUGAUAGUUAUGAGCAAAUUCAUUAAAUAUUUAAAUGAUAACGAUGUUAAAUGUACCGGCAUUUUUCAUGAUCAUAACUGUAAACAAAAUGCAUUACUCAACACAUAUAAAUUUCUCUUCUCGAAUAUGAAAUAUUUCGCGCCUAUUAUGGGUUUACCCUUACUCAUGCAUAUACGGUCGCUCAACAGAAAGGUGCUGCAGUCGACGCUCAUAUAUUAUGCGGAGGCAGUGUUGGCCGGCACCGCUAUCGGUUUGUCGAUCCAAGUCAUUAUCUGUAUUUCGCGACAUUUAUUUGGUAAAUAUACCUAUUUAAGCUUCAUAUUGCUGCCCACUUUCAUCGGCAGCUUUGCUAAAUACCUAAUACCAAGUCCACGAGUUCAUCGCCUGUUCGCGACCACAAUAUUUCAGUGUACACUCGAAUCUUUGAUUAUGCUAGAGAAUACUGCACUCACGAAAUUAAUCGCCAAUUCGCCAUUGCUACGCACAUUCAUAUUUAUGUGUUGUAGUGUCUUGAUAUUGAAUGCCAAGCGGAGAAAAGCCUACAAAGGCUUUUGGUUGAUGGAACCUACACCCUACAAUGCUACAACAGUGAAGCAGACGGGAGAGAAUGGCGACAACGGAUCAUGCAAUCACAAAAACAAAUCGUGCAAGCAAUAUGCUCUGCAAGGAAUUCGAAACUUUAUGCUCACUGGACUGGGAUUGGACACCAUCAAAAUGCUGAUGAGCAAUGUGCCACCAAAUGUGAACGGAUUCAUGGCGAAAUUCUACGUCAAAUUGAAAGCUUUCAAACUCCGCUCCUUCGCACUACUCACCUCAUACGUCGCCAUUUACAGGCUGCUGCAUUGCUACUUCAAUCGCAAUUUCGGUGGCGACUCACCGCUGAAACACAGCGUGGCGGCUUUUCUAAGUGGAUCUGGCUUCAUAUUUUUCCCAAAAUUAACACUGCUUUGCUAUGGGAUGGUCGUGGGCUUACAAAUUAGUUGGCAGCAAGUUACAGCUUACUUGACUGAAGAGCGUUUUGGCGACUCCUAUGAGUGGGUCAAGCGGUUUCCCUGCAGAGUGAUACUUUAUCCAAUGGCGCUCGCCUAUUUGGUGAAUACUUAUGCCAUUCACAAAAAUUAUGUCAGCAAGCUCAGUGCGAUGGUCAUAAACGGCAUCACAAAUAACUAUGUGAGAUCCACACAUAUGAGCAUUGAAAGAAUCGAGAAAAUUCUGGCGCGGAAUUCACCAGCUUUGUAAGGCUUUAAAUCAAAUUGACCAAUUAAAAUGUAAACAAAAACUGCUUUUAAAAAAAGCUAUAACAACAAUUUUUUAAUAUACAACAUGUAAGUUAAAAUACAUUUUUUCUCAAUUAAUUGAACUCAAAUAGAGAAUGUGAUUACUCCUCA